AUGCCAUCGCCUCGCACCCUGACCCCUGCACCGGAGCUGUGCAGCCAGAAAGAACCGGCUGAACGGCAGACCCCAAAGCGGCGAGUGAGCAGCGGGGACGCGCCCAGCACCCAGCAUGAUGACACUGCAUGGCCUCGCCUGGGCACCUUGUUCCGGUCAUUCUCCAGGGCCAACCAGCAGGGCCGAGGCUCUGCUGACAGACAGAAGGGCCCAGGCUCCGCUGACAGCCCACAGAGCCCAGGCUCUCCUGACUCUGGCCUAUUCCACCGGCGCAGCUCUAAACUCCUGCGUUCGAUUCGGCGAAAUCUGGCUGAAGUUGUGACUGCCAAUGGCCCCCAGACCUCCACCAAGUCAGGAGCAGCCUGUGGUCCUAAUGUGUCCUCAAAAGGCAAGGACCUUGUUAGGCGUCAGAUGUCCACAGGGUCGGCGCCUGCAGAACUGAAAACUGAGGCAGAAGACAAAUCCGUGGCUGAUCUCAUCACUGAGAGGCAACUGCUGGCAGCCUUCGAACAGCUGCGAGACCUGGAGACGCAGCUAGUGGCCAUGAAGACGAACCGCUCCUAUGAGCAGGAUCUUACCAGCUACGCGCGUCGCGCCAUGGACAUGUGUCUUCACUACGACGGACUGGCCGCCGAGAUCGAUGCCAUCGUGCGCGAGACGCUGGGUCCAGAUGGUGUGGACGCGGAUGCGCUGGCAGAAGUAGCGCGCGUGGUGUGCGCUGAGGAGAACGCCCACCCGGAGUCCCCUACAGAUGGUGACUUCCUGCGCACCCCGCGCCACUGGCGCCAGCACUGGGAGCGCGCGGUGGAGCGGAACGCGCAGGAACGCGUGCAGGGCGCAAGCGCCCAGGAGGCUGCCCCGGACGGCGAGGGCUCGCCAGACUUGGCUCACCAGCUGGCGGAGCUGGGCAGCCUGGUCCGCCGCGACCUGCAGAAGGUGCGGCGGGAGGUGCAGCCCGCCUACGAGGCCUUUGGCUUCCCAGCCUGGGAGGUCUAUCUGCGCGCCUUCCACAGCGCGGUGGCCCAGCGCCUUCAGGAGUUGGCGCACCAGGCGCGGGCGCAUCAGUCCCGGGGCUGCGAGCAGCUCUAUGUCCUGCUGGACUGGGCAGCCAAUGUCUACGGAAGCCCUGAUUUCCUGGGGGCCCCGGACUUGUCACUACCUGCAGAGCCGCUGCCCCCACUCUUGGCACCUGACAUGUGGGCCCAGCUGGAGGAUGACUAUACCAACUUCCUUGAGACCAAGAUCGCCAGCUGCUUUGACAACAUUCUGCAGUUGGAGCAGAGUCGCUGGGCUGAGGCUGAGGCACCUGAGCUGUUGCAGGGUCAUUACCACGUGCCGCUGUCCCCUGACAUCCACAUGCUUGUGGCCGAGCACGUGAAGGCGGCUGGCGCCAUCUCCGCCAAGCUGGAGGCCACUACUCUGCGGCUCUGCGCGCGGGCCCUCAGCCUCUUCGUGCCCAGGUUUGAAAAGACAUUCCUGGAGUCAGAGGCUGUGAGCGUGCCGCACCUCGGCGCUUACAUCAACACCUGCGAGGAGCUCAGGAGCAAUCUUCUGACCAGGUACCCAGGCACCUUUGAGGAGCUGGAGAAGCCCCUGGCAUCUACCAUCUCCAGUUUCCAGAAGCGUCUACUUCAAGAUUUGCAAAAGAAUGUGCAGCCGCUCUUCAAGGUCCUGUGCACCAAGACCUGGCUGACACAGGAUGCUCUUCAGCCCCUCAUGGACAAGGUAGUGACCUUGGGCCGCCAGCUCGAGCACGUGGUUCCGCCUUGGGCACAGGAGGUCCUGCACGAGGUGCAUCGCUACGUGGUCCGGGAGUACCUGGUGCAGGCGCUGCGGCCGCGGGAGCGCUUCCGGGGCACCGAGCGCGUGAUGAGCUCGCAGAAGAUGAGCCUCGAUGCCCAGGCCAUCGGCGAGACUUUCCAGGGCCUGGGCUCGGAGGCCUCGUGGCUGGACCAGGCCAUUCUGUGCGUGUCUGACAUCCUGGGAGAGACGGACAAGGCCAGCAUCCAGCGGCACUUGGAGACGCUAAUCCGAAGCUACCACGACGUCAGGAGGGAGCACGUGCUGGCCUUGCUGGCGCUGCGCCGACUGGGCCGCCGCUGUAACCAGCGCCUGCUGCAGCACGCCCGGGACCUGCUGAGGGCCGCCAAGGCCGGGGACUCCGGGGCCGCCGAGAGCCGUGUGCUCUUCGCGGAGAUCGAGGUGCCCACCUCCGUGGACGUGCUCAUCACCUGCAUCUAA